AUGACGGCGACUCAGCGGGCUGAGUUGGUGACGGUGACUGAUACUGGCCAAGCUUUGGUGGAGGUGCCGAAUUCGGCAGAGCUGUCUCCGGGGAAACCCAUAAUCCCUCCAUUUAAUCCAUACGCAAACUCCCUCAAUUUUCUGUUAGGGGCCUAUGCCAUGCCUGAUCUCGCACAACCAUCGUAUGUUAGCUCCAUUCCAAGCCUCACCACAAAUUCUUCUUCAUUAUCUUUGGCUUCAAAGCUUUUGCCAAUCAAGGCUGGACAGAGUGCAGUGAUACGUACAUUGUUGUACCCGAAUGCGACUCAAAUGGUGCCUCCAUAUAAUAUCACGGUGCGUGAAUUCACCAAGGCCAGUUCCCACCUCACUAACAACCUUGGCAAGUGUGGCAUCAAAAGCGAAGUCGUCUUACUAGCUAACACAACCCUAGGGGCAGAGAACCGGAUGACCAGUAACGUGUUGUCCGCCGAUGCCAAUUCCCUGUCUUACGCAAGAACAGAGCCUGAGAUCUUGAGGAUUGUGUAUGGAACCGGCAAUGAGAACCUGCCCGGCGGAUUUUUUCCCAAAGGUGCCAACGGCAAAAUUGCAAGGAGCCUCCUUUUGUAA